AUGCCGGGGCCCAGCGGAGUGAACCAGCUAGGGGGGCUCUUCCUGAACGGCCGCCCCCUCCCCACCUGCAAGAGGCAGAGGAUCAUCGAGCUGGCGGCGAGCGGGCUCCGCUCCUCCGACAUCUCCCGCAGCCUCAAGGUGUCCAACGGCUGCGUCAGCAAGAUCCUGGGCCGCUACUACCGCACGGGGGCCGUGGGGCCCAAGGCGGCGGGGGGCAGCAAGCCCCGAAUGGCCACCCCCGAGGUGGUGGCCAGGAUCGCGCGGCUGAAGCUGGAGCGGCCCGGGCUCUUCGCGUGGGAAAUCCGCCGGCAGCUGCACCGCGAGGGGACCUGCAGCGGCAUCGGCACCCCCAGCGUCUCCUCCAUCAACCGGGUGCUGAGGAACCUGCACAGUGACCUGAGGCUGGCGGCCGAGCCCCGGGACCCGCGGCCACGGGUGACCCCUCUGGCCGUCCCGCAGUCCCCCGCUUGCCACUCGCCCCCCGCAGCCGGCGCCGCCGCCCCCCCGGGGGCUCAGCACCCUCCGCAGGGCUCCGAAUCCGGCCGGAGGCUCCCGCCGGGCCCCCGGCACAGGAGCAGGACCGUGUUCUCCCGGCAGCAGUCGGAGGCGCUGGAGAAAGAGUUCCAGCUGGGACAGUACCCGGACACCGUCACCCGGGAGAGACUGGCCGCGGCCACCCAGCUCCCGGACACGACCAUCAGGGUCUGGUUCUCGAACCGCCGAGCCAAGAGCCGAAGGGAGGCCAAGCAGCAGCUGGAGGCUGGCGGGACAG